AUGAGUCGGCCCUUAGGACUGGGAACCUCUGGCCAGGAGAGCGAUCAGCCCACAGACCCUCCAGACAGCGCUGAGGUCUGGUAUGCUACCCUUCAGGGGCACUGGCACCUAUCCGGGCACUCCACGGCUCUGGCCAACCUCACGUCAGUCCCAGGAUUCCUCCUCCUCGGCCUGAUGGACAGACCCAACGCCCACCCACUGUUGUUCCUGCUCUUCCUUGGCGUCUACCUGCUCAAUGCCCUGGGCAACCUGAGCAUGGUGGUGGUGGUAAGGUCUGACAGGGCUUUGCGCUCUCCCAUGUAUUACUUCUUGGGUCACCUGAGCCUCGUGGACAUCUGCUUUACCACCGUCACGGUCCCCAGACUGCUGGCCUGCCUGCUCCAACCUGUCCAGGCCAUCUCCUUCCUGGGAUGCUUCGCCCAGAUGUACUUCUUUGUGGCUCUGGGCAUCACCGAGAGCUACUUAUUGGCAGCCAUGUGCUAUGACCGCGCGGUGGCCGUGUGCCGCCCCCUCCACUAUGGCACGGUUAUGACUCCCUGGCUCUGCGCGGCGCUGGUCGGGGCAUCCUGGGCGGUGGCACAUCUCCACUCGUUGCUGCACACGCUGCUUAUCUCCGCUCUCUCCUACCCUUGCUCCGCCCCUGUGCACCACUUUUUUUGUGACAUGACGGUGAUGCUGAGCUUGGCGACUUCGGACACAUCCAUGGCAAAGGCUACCAUCUUCUCCGAGGGUCUGGCGGUGGUGCUGACCCCGCUGCUCCUUGUGUCCCUCUCCUACGUGCGCAUUCUCGCCACGGUGCUCAGCAUGCGGUCGGCAGGGGGCCGGCGCCGCGCCUUCUCCACCUGCGGAGCCCACCUGGUGGUGGUGUCGCUUUUCUUCGGCUCGGUUCUCUCCGUCUAUUUCCGGCCACGGUCUGCCUACUUUGCCAGCUAUGACCGCCUGGCCAGCGUGGUCUAUGCAGUGGUCACUCCGACCUUAAACCCUUUCAUAUACAGCCUUCGCAACAGAGAAGUCAAGGGGGCCCUAAAAAGGGGGCUCAGAGGGAGGGCUACACCCCAAGAAGUGUGA